AUGGCGAUCAUCCAUUUUGAUCUUAGGAGGGAUGAAUAUCCAUUGCAGCAACAGGAAGCCUUGAUAUAUUUGAAGAAAAAGCUGCCGGGGUUGAAGAAGGUGCAUCUGGGAGUUGGGUUUGUUGCAGAACCGCUCGAUGGUGUGCUGGUAAAGAGGAGACGAGAUGGGUUUGCGAAUAUAAUUUUUGAAAAGGAUAUUAUGCAAACUUUUAAUGAGAAGGUGGAAGAGCCGAUGGGGAGCUCAAAAAUGAAGACAGUGGACUAUGACAUAAAAGUUUUGAGCGAGCAGUGA